AAGAUUCUUUUUAACGUGAUUACUUACAAGUAAUAGUUCCUCAUCAUGGCUGAACUAUCACCUGAAGAAAUUCAGCUGAGAGCCAACCAGGUCACUGAUGAGUCUUUGGAAAGCACAAGGAGGAUUCUUGGCUUGGCCAUUGAGUCCCAGGAUGUUGGUAUCAAAACUAUCACCAUGCUCGAUGAACAAGGAGAACAACUAAAUCGCAUAGAAGAAGGCAUGGACCAGAUAAAUAAGGAUAUGAGAGAAGCUGAGAAGACACUGACAGAGCUCAACAAAUGUUGUGGGCUCUGUGUCUGUCCUUGUAACAGGACGAAGAACUUUGAGGCUAGCAAGGCAUACAGAGCAACCUGGGGAGAUGGAAUAGAGAACUCGGCAGAUCAUGUGAUAUCCAUGCAACCAAGAAGUAUAAAUCAGCAGCAGCCUCAGACUUCUGGAGGACCAAGUGGUGGAUAUAUUACAAGGAUAACAAAUGAUGCCAGAGAAGAUGAAAUGGAUGAAAAUCUUGCUCAAGUGGGAAACAUUCUUGGGAAUUUGAAAAACAUGGCUUUAGAUAUGGGAAAUGAGAUUGAUGCCCAGAAUAAACAAAUAGACCGGAUAAAUGUAAAGGCUGAUACAAACAGGGAACGGAUUGAGCAAGCCAACAUCAGAGCCAAGAAACUAAUUGACAAUUAAAGUCUGCUGUCAUUGUUCAAUGACACUGUCUCUCCAGCUGCAAGCCACCAUAGUCACGGAUCUGUGAAACUUCUUCUAUUCUGAAAUAAGAGGGGCUGGGAAAAAUGAAGCAGUACCCUUUCUAUAGGGAUUAAUUUUCUUUCUUUUUUUAUUGCUUCAUCUAAACGUGGCCUUGACUCCAAGUAAGCAGCCAACAUAACGUCUUCCUACUCAUCUGCCCUCACUUUCUUUAAGCUGCUCAGGGCUAAAAGUGUUAUGGCUUUGAGAAUCUUCUUGCAUGUUUUAUUCCACCUCCCAGUCUUUUUCCUGCACCCAAAAUACAGUCCUUUAUCAAAGCUGAAUAAGCGGGGUAACCUGAAUUCACAGUUGCGGAAAGUUGGAGAGGGCACUUUGCACUGUUUGAAAUACCUCAUAAGUUGGGUGUCUUCACUAAAAUAGGGACUUGGUGAAUAUUGUCUGACUUUUAUCUCUAGCAGGCUAACCAUAGUUUUACAAUAUAAACCACAUGAUUGGUUUGGGGUUGAGUUUGUGGAUUACAGCAUUAGAGGCCCGCUACUUACUAUUUGUGGGUUGAGGGCUUUAAAACGCUUCUUAAACACACAAACUUUAAUGCAAAGAUAACUGGAGGGGUACACAGGUUUCCAUUUAUUUACUGUAAAUUGACAUUGUUUUG